UCCAUUAAGAAACAAUGAUAAUGCAAGGAGUGGAUCGCCAAAGCCAAAAAAAUUGUCAAAGAAAUCAAGUCCAUUAUAUACUUUGAAUAAUUGCCCAAAAACAAUGGUUGGUGAUAUGAAAGAUGAGUUUGGUAUGCAUUAUGGUUUAAGGCAAAGAAGAUCCAGUUUACCAACUGAUCUGGACAUGGUAAAUAAUGACGAAUGGGUAUACAAGAUACAAAAUUUGGAAAUUGAAAAUGUGAUGUUGAGAAAUGAACUCAAUGUACUCAAUCAAGAAGUUACAGAAUUGCUCAGCAGAUUGCGCAAAACUGAGGAUGGUAAUGAUGUAGACCAUGUAGUUAGUAGAGAAACAGAAUUGAACAACGCACAAAAUAAAUUAGAAACUUCAAGCAUCCAGAAUGGCAGUAUUAAUGCGGAGAAUGAAACUUUAAAUUCUCAGUUGCAACAAUUAAAGCAAAAAAUAUAUGAUCUCACAAAUGUUGAGAUGAGCAAGUAUAAAGAGCAGAAUCAAAGCUUAGAAACUGAAAUUUGUUUGUUGAAAGACAAGAAUAAAGAGUUAGAAGAAAAAUUAGAAGAAGCAAUCACCAAGGCAAAGGACAAUGAAGCAGCAAAAUUAAAGCUAGAAACAGAAUUACGCCACGGCCAGUCGACUAUAAAUGAACUCCAGAAUAAUCUAGAAAAAGCAAAACUGAAUGUGUGCGGUUGGAAAAAGAAUGGGAAACUUAUAAAUUGAGAGUAAAGAGUAUGUUGCACACUAAAGAUAAUGAAAUAAAGGCACUGCAGGAUGGAUUGAACCUUAAUGAGGACACAAAUGUAUUGAUGGAGCAACUGGAGGCUUUAAAAGAAGAGCGCGACAUGUUAUCCGAAGCGACGUCGCGCGUGCGCACCGAAUGUGACGAGAUGAAAUCCUACGUGUCGCAGUUGGAGGCGCGCCACAGCUCCGCCGAGCGCGUGGUGGCGGCGCUGAGGGACGCGCUGCGGGACGAGCGCGGCGCUCGCAACCGCGUCGAGGCGCAGUGCUCGGCCUUGAAUAAGGAAUUAAAAAACCUACAAAUGGAAACAGGACAGACUAUAGCGAGCCUUCGUACAGCCUUACGCGACAAGGACAGCGAGCUAAGUCACUUCAGAGAGUCUUCCACGUCGGUCCGCAGUACUGACACCAGCGCGCUCAACGUGGCCGACUAUGACGUCACGCGUGACGUAGACACGGAGAAAAUACAUGUACUGACGCAGACAUUGGUCCAAAAGCAGGGGAAGAUUGACUCGUUAUUGGCCGAUAAUAAUAUAUUGAGGAUACAGUUGGAAAAGUUAGAGACAAAAUAUAAAUCUGAAGUAGUAGCGUUACGCUCGAACGCUCACAGCGUGAUACAUUUGCAAGAUACGGAUUGUAGGGUCCGCCCCCGCAGCCACGUUCCGGAUUCGGCCCUGUCCGCCCUGUCGAUGAGGAUAGGCGUUAUGAUAAAACGAUAUCCUAUAUUCAGGCUUUUAUAUUUAUUUACAUGAUGGGUUUACAUUUUGGGUGCUCACCGUUUUGCUGUCAAGUACUCCAGAAGACCACGCCACGAGACCCA